AUUCCCUUUUCAAUUGGUCCAAUUAGGAAUUAGGGUCCACAAUCUAGCGAGCCGAUCGGACUGUAUUAAUGGGCUGGUUGGGCCCCCGGUCCAAACAUCAAAGUGAAGAAUACGUCCAAUUUGAAUUCAAAAUGCAGAUCUAUGAUCUCCCUCGCCGGCUUGCUUGCCGCCUUCCUGUCUUCCAUCCUGAGAAAUUCCAGACAGAUGAACUCACUCAUCCCCUAAUCCAUGGACGACAGAGACCUGGACGACGCCGCAUUAUGGGCGGUGAUUGAUUCUGCGGCCGCCUCCCACUCCUCCUCUAAACACCGCAAAACCCUCGCCAUCAAGUACCCCAAUCACCAAUCCCCGCACACCCCCAUCUCCUUCCCCUCUCCACCCUCAAAGCUCCCCCAAAGAAGCUUCCGAAACAACCAGCAACUUUACUCCCCUUCAAACACCAACUCUUACAGCGAUGAUUACCACAGGCCAUAUAAGAUGGCCAGGCCUUGCGCCUCUGAGGUCAGCGAGAGUAGCCCGCUGGCCGUUGUGCAACGGACACCGACUACCUCGGCAUGCCCAUUUAUCCAAUUUCCAGAGACAUAUUUGUCUCCGGAGAUUGGGAAAUUUGAUAGUGGUGGUGAAUCGGAGGUGUUGCCGGGGAAGCGUGGAAGGAUUGAGGAGGGGGUGAGGCCCAGCUUGCACAGCUUAUCGGGGAAGUUCCCAUCGGUUGAGCUGUUUAAGGAGUUUCAAAAUUCGGCCAUGGCGAUAUUGGAAAAAUCAGAUUACACUAUGAUUUCUGGGAGCCCUUUUAUAAAAAAAUCAGGUUGGAGGAAAAUAUCAUUUUAUUUCAAUCUCUCUUUUGAAAUAAAAGAUAAGACCAUUGAAUUUGAUGAUAACCGCAAUGUCCAGCGGGCUGAGUUUGUGGUUCGGGCAUAUAUGCAGGGUGGAAGAUUCUGUGAUGGAUGGGGCUCGUGUGAGCGGCGUGAAAAGAGAUUUCUCAAACCAAAUCAUGAUAUUCCUAGUACAGCUGAAACCAGAGCCAAAAACAAAGCAUGUCAGGACUUGCUAGGAAUUGGGGAGUAUCGACCUGGUUCCAGCCAGUUUCAGCGACAAACGUAACUAUUCUGUCACAACAACUCAACCAUCCAGUUAAUUCUGAGAGACCAGAAUUAUCAUUGUGUGGUGGUUUUUUUUUUUUUUCAUUUGUCGUCCAACCCUGUUUCUGCCACUUGCAAAAUGCAUCCAGUUGAAGCAAAGAUCUUGUACCCUUUAACUUCAAGGCUAUAAGUUCAUUGUGUUUGUAACAGAGAUUCAGAGAGUCAACAACACAGAUCUUGUUUCCAAAAAUUCUGACAAAAUUCCUCCUUCAAAAUAGCAAAUCCAUCUUACUAAAGAGUUUAUAAUUUG